GUGCAUAGCUGUUUUUUCUAUUCAUCAUUGAUCAUUUUCUUGAUUAUCACUUACCUUUAAUAAGCUCCUCAAAUUACCUUUACAUCACAAAAUCUGAAACAAAUUAUUCUUUUUAUAAACAGUUCAAAACUACAUUAUUAUAAUUUGACUUUUUUAAUCUCUCAUUACCUACCACUAAUUAAUGUGACUUAUCCCCUUCGAUUUCGCUUUAUAUAUUCAGUAAAUCAGGUGACAAUUACCUCAAAAUCUUAUUACAUCUUCAUUUUUAAGUCUCAUUUAAUUCAUUCUUAUCUGUCAAAAUGGUUAAUCUCUACACUCUGAUUUUCAUCACAAGAUUAAGAAAAUUUAUAAAAUUAACCCCACGCGCCGGCUACACCGUGCGAUUUCCACAAUCUCACACGUGGCGGAAAGUGAUUGGCUGUUACAAUAUCUGGUGGUGGGUGCAUAAGUACUGGAUUAUUCCCGCCUUCAGGACCUGAACGAUUUGCGGCCGUCGAUUAUAGAAUGCUGUGCCACGUGGACAAAAAGCAGCUGGUGCUUACGGUGCGCCCGCGUCGCACUGAAUCCAUCGUCUCAGUUUAAAACCUCGCUCAUUUUCUCCGAGCAAACAGUGUCGUAUUUUUCGGGGAAAAUAUAAUAAUAAAAUAUUGCUGUUUAAAACAAAACCCGAGAGACGUUUCGUUUUUAUUCUCCGGCUUGGCUUCGCCGGAAAAACUGGCCGGCGAUCAGUUGAGAUUGGAACUCAGGUGGAGCCGGAGAUGAUACGAGGAAGGACGAUGAAUGUAUGUGGAGGGACUUCAAUUUUAUGAUCCGUGAUUUCUCCUUUCGAAGAUAAACGUGUAAAAUGUCUUUUCAGAACAACGGCAUUUGGUUGACUAACAGCUCCGGUUCUCUAGCCAAUGGAGAGAUGUGUUACGACUCUACGACAAGAAUCGAUCAAAAACGUAGUCAUCAGUGGUUUACCGGUCCGUCCGAGCAAGAGCUAUUUACAAACAAGAAACAAGCAGUAGAAUCUACUAGAGAAGUUACGGAACCUGUUACUGUGGACGGUUUUUGGCGUGACGGGUCAAAUUCUCAGUCUGAAGGUCAAACAGGUGACCGAUUAUUCGCCCCCAAGCCUGUCCGGUUGGAAGAUCCCUUGUCCCUCAACACUGGACUUAGAAAAGUGAAAGUCAACGAAGUAACGAUCCCAGACAACUGCUUUCCCGAGUUUAUGGGAAAUACCAUGUUUCAGAGAAGUGGUAGUAACAUGUAUUCCGAACCUACUAACAACACCGACGCCAAUUUUAUGCUUACUAAUCAGUACUACAAUGGGAUAGAUAACAAUUUGCUAUCUAUUGGCUUUAACGGAGGAAAUUACAGUAGUACCCAUACUGUGCAAUAUGAAAAGGAAGCAAGCUGCAAUUUCGUAGCAAUUAGUCCAAAUUAUGGAAGCAAGGGCCACGAUAAUUUCUUUGCGGUGGAACCCUUUUGCAAUAGAUUAAACGAGACAUUCAUGACUGCAGGUUCUACUUAUAAUAACAACAAUAAUAUUCAGCACGAUGCCCCUAUUGUUUCGUUAGGUUCUCUCUACAACAAAGAGAAUUCGGGUCUUCUAUCAAUGGUUGCAAAUUCCAAGAACGGUGAAGAAGCUACAAUAUCUUUUGGAGGUGUUGAAGAUAGCCAUGAGGAGAGAGAUCUCUCUGGCAGGCUCAUAAGCAACUAUGAUCUUUUGGCCAACCAGUCAACAGGACAGAACGAAUCCGCACUGCAGCUUAGUGCAAAUGUUGUCACAGCAGCCACUUCGAAAACCGAUGGGGCACAGAUCAAGAAUAAGGAGCAGAAGACGAAAAAGGGGUUGUCGAAUAACUUCCCUACAAACGUUAAAAGCUUAUUAUCCACUGGCAUUCUUGAUGGUGUUCCAGUGAAAUAUGUUUCUUGGUCAAGAGAGAAAAAUCUUAGAGGAGUGGUAAAAGGGACUGGUUACUUGUGUAGCUGCCAGGAUUGCAAGCUUACUAAGGCUAUUAAUGCUUAUGAGUUUGAGCGCCACGCCGGUUGUAAGACUAAACACCCAAAUAACCAUAUCUACUUUGAGAAUGGGAAGACAAUCUACGCAGUGGUCCAAGAACUGAAGAGUACACCUCAAGAAAGGCUCUUCGAAGUGAUGCAAAAUAUCACAGGAUCUCCCAUCGAUCAGAAAAAUUUCGACACUUGGAAAUCAUCGUAUAAAGCUGCAAGCCGUGAACUUCAACGCAUUUACGGGAAAGACGAAAUGGUCGUACAAUCUUGAUAUCUUCAUCUCUGCAUCGAGGUUGGUUGAUAUGAUAACUGCUGUUCACUUAGCUAGUGGAGGAGAUUGACAAUAGGAAACAAUUUAUUUUCGGAACAUUUUAGAUUUGUUGUUGUAAUAUUUGAUGCGAAAAAAACUCGUUUAAACAUUUCCGUUUCGUCUUUCUUCAAUAUAGCAUGUCUGUUUAUUAUUGUGAUCUUAAAUC